AUGAAAACAUCUAUUACUCCUGAGAAAGAGACUCCUUUUGAGCCACCAAAAGAAGUUCUUCGACGAAAACGACAUUGCACUGAUAUUCCAUGUUGUAUCUUAUUUCUUAUAUUCAUCAUUUGUUUUAUUGUCUUAAGUAUUUUUGCUUUUAAAGAAGGUGAUCCAAGACAAUUACUACAUCCAACUGAUAGUGAAGGGAAUCUUUGUGGCUUGGGAAAAUAUGCGAAUCAUUCAUAUGUUUAUUUUUUUGAUUGGACACAAUGUAUAAAGUCAUUUAAUGUACCAUCCAAUAUUUUAAAAGGUCGCCCAUUUGUUUGUCCUACAACACAAGUUUGUGUUGAACGAUGUCCGACUGAAACAUCUUAUUAUAAAUUUGAAAAUUAUCAUGCGAAUAGAGUUUGUAAAUAUGAUGUAGCUCAAAGUGACAAUGACCAUGGAGAAUUAGUUGCGACUGGAAGAUGUGCAUCAUAUAUUAUUGCUAGUAAACCAUUGUUUGGUCGAUGUGUUCCUCAACAUAUACAAAAGUUAGCUAAUUCUAUAAUUCAGGCACCAGAUCGUAAUCAGUCCAAUAUAACUGUAUAUGAUUCAAGUGGACAACCAUUAAAUGGCUCGAAACUAGAACAGGGUGUCAAAUAUCUUGUUGACUUACUUAACUUAAAACAAAUAGGUGCAAUGCUUGUUGAAGACUUGACAACAUCAUGGAAAUAUAUAUUGAUUGCUUUGGCCAUUGCUGCAAUCGUAUCGUUUUUAUGGAUUGUAUUAAUGCGUUGGUUAGCAAAACCAAUUGUUUGGCUUGGUAUAAUACUUUUUAUCGUUUUAUUAGCUGUUAUAAGUGGUUUAUCAUUUUUCGAAUUUAUUCAACUUCGUGAAAAAAAUGAUAAUCAAAUAUUGACGGAAUUUAAAUUUGUUGCUGAUGCAAAUUAUUAUCGAAGUUUACCGAUAACAUGGUUAAUUAUUGCAAUUCUAUCGACUCUUCUUCUAGUCAUAUCAGCUCUGAUUCUUCUUGUUUUAUUUAAACGUCUUCGAAUAGCUUUAGCUAUUCUUCAAGAAGCAUCAAAAGCUGUUUCAUAUAACUUUUUUAGUCUUUUUUGGCCAUUUAUACCAUUUUUAUUACAUAUUGGAGUAUUUGCUUAUUGGGCAACAGUGACAGUUUAUUUAGCAACUGCUGGAAAGCCAAUUUAUCGAAUAGCCAUCAAUGAGACAGCCACAAAUUCAACGAAUGUAACAUAUGGUGAAAUAUGUGAUCCAAAGAAAUGGAAUAAUAUUGAUGGAAUGAAUACUGAAUGUGUCUUUUGGGAGUAUGGAUAUGAUCCACAGAUUGAUUUGGAUAGCAUUCUUAAUGGUACUGGUCAACAUUUUAAAUCCUUUAUUAGCUUUGUCAAUCAAAACCAAUGGGUUCCACAAUUAUUUUCUACUUUUAUGUUCUUUUGGUUAACAGCUUUUAUUAUUGGUUUUAGUGAAAUAGUUCUCGCUGGUGUUUAUGCACGUUAUUAUUGGGAUAAAAAACGAUUUGGUGUUCCAUGUUUAUCAUUAGGUGAAUCUUUAUUGCGUGCAUUUGUAUUUCAUCUUGGUACAAUAGCAUUUGGCUCAUUAAUCAUAGCAAUUGUUAAAUUGAUCCGUGUAUUAUUAGAGUAUAUUGAAAAUAAAGUAAAAGAAAAAACAGGACGGAUUGCUCGUUGUUUAUUUUGUUGUUGUCGUUGUUGUUUAUUCUGUUUGGAAAAAUUCUUAAAAUUUCUUAAUCGAAAUGCUUAUAUAAUAACAGCAAUAUAUGGAACAGGAUUUUUUACAUCAGCACGUCGUGCAUUUCAUAUUAUUAUUUCAAAUCCACUUCGUUUACUUGUUAUUGAUAAAGUAUGUGAUUUUCUUAUAUUUCUUGGUAGAUUAUGUAUAACAGCUGGUAUCGGUAUUCUUGCUUUCUUCUUUUUUACUCAUCGAAUAGCACAAGCCGAAGAAUAUGUGCCAGAAUUACAUUAUUAUCUUGUACCAUUAUUGCUAAUUAUUAUUGGUACUUAUGUUAUUACAACAUGCUUUUUUUCAGUUUAUUCAAUGGCUGUUGAUACAUUAUUGAUUUGUGCAUUAGAAGAUAUGAGAAUGAAAAAAAAGAAUCAAAAUCAUCAUAUGAUGAUGUCAAAAACCUUGAAAAAAGUAUUUCGAGUUAAAAAAGAAAACUAA